UGACGAUACCGAGACCUGGCGAUCAUCAUCUUCGACCGGUUUUUUUCGUUUGCGGUGGAAAUUGCUGUCCAGCUAGCUUCACAUCUUGUGAAAGGCACUUUUUUCCCUGUUGAUAUACAUACUCGAGACCUGCCCAUUGGCAUCAGGAAGCGACUUGAUUUAUAUUCCAGGAAAUUUAGACGCGUGUUGGAUCGCGUCUGUGUCGCAUAGUCAACAUGUCGUCCGGUGCAGGAAGCUCCACGAGUUCCACCAAGAAUUCAUCAUCGGUCUCUGCUUUCUUGUCGACCUUGAUCCCAGUCGGUGUGGAAGCGAUCGCAUUUAUUAUUCUCUUCUUGAUCUUCAGAACAAAGCUCAAGCGAGUAUAUCGACCUCGAACAUACCUUCAAACACUUUACGAUGGUGAGAAGACAGAAGAUCCUCCUCAGGGAAAGCUCAAUUGGCUCAAACCAUGGAGGAGUCUUCCCGACGAAUAUGUCCUGAAUCAUCAAUCGCUCGAUGGAUACCUGUAUCUUCGGUUCCUCAAGAUGCUCACAUUCAUCUGUUUCUGUGGCACUGUCCUCACUUGGAUCGUUCUAUUUCCAGUCAAUGCGACAGCUGGUGGAGGCGAGCAGCAAUUUGACCUCUUGUCCUUCGCCAACAUUCCCAAGAGCGGGAAAAACAGAUACUAUGCACACGUUUUUGUUGGGUGGAUCUUUUUCAGUUUCGUGAUGUACAUCAUCACUCGCGAGACGAUCUACUUCAUCAAUCUUCGCCAUGCUUAUCUGCUUUCACCUUUCAACGCCGCCAAAAUCUCUUCUCGUACCGUUCUCUUCACUGAUGUGCCUGUCGAAUAUCUCAAUCAAGAGAAGUUACAUACACUUUUCGGCAAUACAAUCGCAAGAACAUGGCUUGCAACCGAUUGCAAGGACCUUAAGGACAAAGUCGAGGAACGCGACAAGGAUGCUUACAAGCUUGAAGGUGCUGAGAUCAAACUCAUUACAGCUGCAAACAAGCGACGCAUGAAGAGAGAGAAACAGGCUGCUAAGGGGAAAGCAAAGCCAACUGCAGACAAUGGUGAUGCUGAGGUAGCGAUCGCUGGGUCGCAAUUCAUGAAGCCCAAAGACCGUCCAACACACAGACUGGGCAAGAUUCCAUUAAUUGGGAAGAAGGUUGAUACAAUCGAUUGGUCCCGAUCGGAGCUGAAGAGAUUAAUUCCUGAGGUUGAGAAGGAUCAAAUGGCACAUCAGAAAUACUCGGGAAAGCUUCUGCCAGCGGUUUUUGUCGAGUUCAUAAAUCAGCAAUCUGCGCAAGCUGCGUUCAGACGAAUGAGUCCCAAGAAGUCGCCCAAGAUGAAUCCUCGUGCGAUUGACACCGCGCCAAGCGAGAUCAUCUGGGGCAAUUUGAAGAUCAAGAAGACGGAGAGAUUGGCGAGAAAGUUUGCGACGAAUACUUUCCUUACAUUGAUGAUUAUCUUCUGGGCUAUUCCUGUCGCUGUUGUUGGAGCUAUCAGUAACAUCAACUACCUCACAGACAAGGUGCCUUUCCUGAGUUUCAUUAACGACAUCCCAAGUGUUAUUCUUGGUGUUGUUACCGGUCUGCUGCCAUCCAUCAUGCUUUCUGUCCUGAUGUCCUUGGUUCCAGUCGUUUGUCGAUGGAUGUCCAAACUCAGCGGUGAAGUCACGCUUCCUCGAGUCGAGCUUCGAUGUCAAUCAUGGUACAUGGCAUUUCAAGUCAUCCAAGUAUUCCUCAUCACCACUUUCGCAUCUGGCGCCUCAUCAGUUGUCACCCAAAUCAUCAAUAAUCCCAGCUCAGCAACCACUUUACUCGCUCAGAAUCUACCAAAAGCCUCGAACUUCUACAUCUCUUAUAUCAUCGUUCAAGGGUUGGGCAUUGCUGCUGGAAAUCUGCUGAACAUUGGUUCACUCGUCAUGUUGACAGUGGUUGGCAAAUUCCUUGACAAGUCACCUCGCAAGAUGUUUAAACGCUUCGUUACUCUUGCUGGUCUGGGUUGGGGAUCUCUGUACCCUCAAUUUGGAAACUUGGGCAUUAUCGCAAUUACUUACUCCAUUAUCGCUCCUCUCGUCUUGGGCUUCGCGACUGUUGGAUUCGGAAUCGUUUACCUCGCGGUCCGAUACAAUACCUUCUUCGUCCUAACAAACAACAUCGACACCAAAGGCGCUGCCUACGCUCGUGCCCUCCAGCAACUCAUGACUGGUGUCUAUCUCUCAGAAAUAUGUCUCAUCGGUCUAUUCGCCAUCAACACCGCUCCCGGUCCCAUCGUCCUCAUGGCCGUCUUCCUUGGAGCAACCAUCAUCUACCACGCACUCAUGAGACAUGCCCUGAAGCCACUCCAACUUUACGUCCCCGAUAAUCUGGACGGAGAUAGCGUCGACAUGUUCUCCCACGCCGACGCAAAAUCCUACGAUGCAGCCAAAGCCGGCGUCCCACCCUCCCAAGCAGAACCCAUGGCCCCCAAGAAAUUCUCUGCAAAGAAAGCAGGAUUCCUCGCCCGGAUGUUCGAUCCUAAGAAAUUCAAGUCUCAUCAGACAGUUCGUUCCCUGGUUCCGGACUGGCCUGCUCCGCAGUAUUUGGAGGAGGAGCAGGAGACUGCUUACUUUAAUCCUGCGGUUACGAGUCCGGUUCCUAAACUCUGGAUUGCGAGGGAUCAGAUGGGGAUUAGUAGGAAGGAGGUCCAGGAUUCGAGUGAGGUUGUUCCUAUCAGUGAUGAGUUUGCUAGUUAUAAUGAGAAGGGGAAGAUUGUUUGGGAUAGUGAGGGGGUUACGUUGCAGCAUAUGCCGAUUUAUCAGAAGAGGAUUGAUUAUUAGAUCUGCGUGAUUGAGGAGGAGGGAAAAGUCUGGUUGAUAGGUAUUGAAUGGUGGAUCGGAUAUUAUUUGUUAUAGGAUGUUAGGGGCGUUGCAGUGAUUGGGCUAUUGGACGAUACCAAAAUCUUUCUGUAUCAGUAGGAAUAUACGUAAUAUUAGUCUG